UCAAUGGAUAUAGGUGUGGCUUAGAGUAACAAAAACCUAACAUUCCGAACACUACUUGAAAGAAAUUUAAGUGAAAGUGAAGAAAGUAAAGGACAGGACGUGUUGAAGAAGCAAAGGAUUCCAAAACCGCGAUCUUAGAUCCAGAUGAGACGCUUUUUUCCAGACCUGCCAUAAGUGUGUAGGCAAGAACUAGUCGCAGAAGACAGUAGUAGAGAGUGACUCGCCAGGACGGUGGCGGGACGACGUCGGGUCAGUCCUGUAGGGGUGGCGAUGGAGACUCUGGCCGUCGAGGAGCUGGUGCCCGGGGUGACGACGCCGCCGACCCGUCAGGCAUCGGGGUCUGGAGAGCGACGACGUAGCUUCACACGUCUGUUCGCCAAUGAUGGGACGCUCAGGAUACCUCUGCAGCAAACGCAGGAUGAUGCGGAGCCUGCAGAAGAGCCGAGCCUAGUGGAGUGGUUGGCAAUCGUUUUCAGUGUCGUUCUGCUCAUCAUUACCUUCCCCAUCUCCGUCUUCAUCUCUUUCAGGGUUGUCCAAGAGUACGAGAGAGCCGUGAUAUUCCGUCUAGGACGUCUCAGACGAGGUGGCGCAAGAGGUCCUGGGAUAUUCUUCAUCCUCCCAUGCAUCGACAAUUACUGUAAAGUCGACCUGAGAACUGUGUCCUUCGAUGUUCCCCCACAGGAAGUACUAUCCCGUGACUCGGUGACGGUUCACGUAGACGCUGUGGUGUUCUAUAGAGUCAACAGUCCUACCAUGGCCACCAAUAAUGUUGAGAAUUACAGCCACUCCACUCGUCUGCUAGCUGCGACCACAUUGAGGAAUGUGCUCGGGACUCGUAACUUGUCCGAGAUCCUCUCGGAGAGAGAGAACAUCUCGCACACGAUGCAGUCCAGCCUGGACGAGGCUACGGACCCUUGGGGAGUGAAGGUGGAGCGCGUGGAAAUUAAGGACGUGAGGUUGCCUGUCCAGCUCCAGAGAGCAAUGGCCGCUGAGGCCGAGGCCGCUCGAGAGGCGAAGGCUAAGGUCAUUGCGGCCGAGGGAGAAAUGAGAGCAUCGCGAGCUCUCAAAGAGGCCUCUGACGUCAUCUCUGAAAGCCCUGCUGCCUUACAGUUGCGCUACUUGCAAACCCUCAACACCAUCUCGGCCGAGAAGAACUCUACAAUCAUCUUCCCGCUGCCGUUGGAUAUCAUCACCCCAUUCCUCACAUCAGCACAGAAACGUCAGCAAUAAUCUGUUAUCAGCAAUCAUUACUUGUUCAUCUUUAGGGCACUAUGCGUCGUUUCUCAAUUCCUAUUGUUGACAAGAAUCUCUAGUAACAAGGCCAGUAAGAUCGUCUUUGCGGUCGGAAAGACUAUUUUUAGGUAAUCGGUUGGGUUGGGUGCUUGCCUUUUGCAGGAAUUUCAACAUUAGUUUUCCCUGCUAUUUAGAUGGCAAGGAACAAGUCUAGUUGCAUUGCUUCGGUUUCUGAGGUCUCAGUUCAAUCAUCCAAUGGAUUUCUAAUUGAUAAUGCUGCCACCUUUUGGGCCUAGGCUGAAAAAAACAUGUAAACGAUUCCAGGCUAAAGAUAGCGUCUUUGAAACAUUGGCCAAAAUGUGUUUUUCAAACAAAAUGUCUUAGUGGUCAUACUUAGUGAAGUGAGCAAUUUUUAAACUAAAAUAAUUUAGAGCUGGUGGGAAGAAGCAGACUUGAUGACUGCCAAUGUGUACGAAAAGUGGUAGAGACAGCUGAUGUUGACAAUUUCUUCACUGUUAUUUCCAAAGACUACCAACCGAGCCUAAAGGGUUAAGAAAUAUGUUUUGUUGGACCUAAUAUAUCUAGGGUUUUGAUUAAAUUAGUUUGAGGUUCUUAUUUAAGACUGACGAAAAUCUCACAAAAAAAGUAUAACUAUAGGUGAUAUUCAUACUUAAUUAGGGAAGAUUCUCAUGGACUUAAUUUGCCAAAGAUGAUAAACCAUAAGAAAUCAUCCCCUUCAAAGUGCAGUGUGUUUGAAAAGUCUGGAAAUUAUUUAUGCUGAUUUUAAUUUUGUUGCCUUUGAUUACCCUCUAUCAUUAUGCUGACAGAGACAGAUGGAAGUUUACAAGUAUUAUUUUGUUGAAAUAUAUAUUUUCUUACAAUGUUUUCGUACUUAAAUUUGCCUUUUUAUUAAUUUAAUUUUUAAACUAGCUUCAAGUUCCAAUUAUCAGCAACUAUGCUUCAUUUACAAUCCAAAUCCUUUGUUACUGAGCUUUUAAAUGGACGUAAUUCAUGCUUUUAUUUCAAAGUUUUGCUAUCGCGUGAAUUUUAAUUAAUAAUUUAACCAAACCAAACAUUUUGUCUUAAAAGGCUAAUUUGACUAAACGAGAAGUAAUUAUCCGUUAACUGACCCUAAACACACUACAUAGCAUUUUGAAAUAUAUUUUAAUUUUAAUAAUUUAAUGCACAAAGUAAAUUGGUGAUGUUAAUAUACAUACUGCCCUAAUGAUAAACUUAUCGAGGAUCCUCUAUUAUAAAUCUCGAUCGAUCAAUGAAAAAUUUUUGAAAGUUAUUAUACAAUGCUAUUGUUAUGACUAUUGUGUGCGCUUUGUGUUGUAAUUUUAAUACUAAUUAAGUUUAUCAACAUGUUUGUAGUUAGUAGUUUUACAUUUUAUAGUAGGAAGUAAGAGUUAUACAUUUUAUCUUGAGAAAACUCACGGUUUUACUAUUGUGUAUAGAUUUAUUCACAGAGUCUGAUUAUUUUAUUUAACAUUUAUUAUAAUUUUAGUGUGUUACAUUUCUUAUGGUAUUUUAAUGUAGGUAGUAGUCAAAACAACAUUUUUUUCAUGUUUGCAUCACUAAGUUUUUAUUAGUUUAGUAUUAAUGUAAAAUUAUAUAUUUUCUUAUACUGUGCUUAAAACUAAGUUACUAAUUUUAUUUAGUUAUGGCUAUUCAUUCUGUACCAGCUAAACUUAUUUAAAUUCUCUUGUUCCUAAUAAACAUAACUCAUGACAUAUCUAUCAGCGUCUUUUGUCAUUUUUCAUACUUACGAUAAGGAAACCAACUGUUGUAGGGUAGUUCUUUUAUUUAAUUUAAAUGCUCAAUCUGAACUUUAUCGCCAAAAUACUCAGUAGUUUCUGCAAUAUUUUCCAAUCGCAACACGUUUAAAAGAAAAAAAGGUUCUGUUUUGGGGCUCUUAGUUACCCUUUAUGUAUAGUUAAGAAUUAUUUUUCAGCAUAAAAUCUUAUUCAACAAUUUUAAAUAUUUUUAGCUUUUAAGUAUUUUUUUUUACAAAGGGAGUUUGAUUUAUGAAUUUUGUGAAAAUUGCAGUUUUACUCAAAAUGCCAACAUAAGUAAAACAUUAACCAAGGUUAUUGAAAUAUCACAUUAAAUCCAAAAAAUACUGUACUUCUUGUCAGUAAUGUCUUUUAUAGUCACAAACCAGCUAAUGCCAAAUGAUUAUGUUGGUAGUUUAAGGUAGGCCUUGACUUUAUUUUCAAUCACACUACCUCUAUGACUUUCUUCUUACUCUGAGUAAUACGUGUAAUACUAUAAUAUACUGGUUGAUUUUAUAACGUUAAGAAUCUUUAGCUUUUGUACAAUUUCACGGAUUGAUGUUGUUAUAACAUAUUAUCAAUGUAUAUACACUUCAGGCCUUUCUUGAUAGUUGAAACUUUUCAAUUGCACGUUUGCAAUCGUCUGUUAUAUGAUAUUUAUUGUAGUGACGGUGAAAUGAAGUUACAUCCGUAGUGUUUGAGGAUGUUGUAGGUAAUUUUUCUUUGGUACGUAAGCUUAACUAAUGUUUUUUAAAGUUGUGAAUUAAUUUUUGUUGCAGAUAAAAUAAAUUAGUGUUAAAACCGGGUGCAAAUAAUGGGUUCACUAGGAUAUUCUGUAAAUAAUUAAAUGGCUGUGGUCUUUGAAUCGAUAAUCAACCUGUAAUUCAAUAUGCUAUUCGUUAACUUUCUUGUCAGAUUGAGAAAAGUGCCAUUAAAUCAAGCGAGUCAAAGAAAUAAAAUAUCCCACCGUAAUGGAAUAGUUUUAAGUCUUAAUUAAUUGAUUUUGAGCCAAACAGAGAUGCUGUUUUCCCAUUAACAAUCGCUUAUAUCAAUCCAGGAUAUCAGUUAUUACUUUCUGUAACUUAUUUAUCCAAAAGUUAAAAAUAUUUGUAAAAACAAAUAAAAUGUAUCAAGGUUUUAGGAUUCAAGUUUUUUAUAAUUUUCUUUAAAACCAUGUAAACAUUCUUUGAAUUAAACCUGUAAAGGACCAUAAGUAUUGUAAAUUUACCUUACUAACGCCUACAAACUGUAAUAAAUCGUUAUAUUUUUCCAUAACGAAGGGUUUCUUCUCACAAAUGCGGGAUUAGUUUCCAAACAUGUUAAAGUGUAUCAUUGUUAUUGAAUGUUGUAAUAAUAAACGUGUAAGCUCAA